CUUUCAACUGGAAGUUCUUUUACCUAAUUUCCGCCACGCAUCUAGCAUCUCAAAUUCAACACAGUCGAUUGCGAAGCGAAAAAGUUAAUCGCGCUUCCAUUUCCCAGUGAACAACCAGCGUUUACAGACAGCACAAACAUGUCGCACACAAUCUUGCUCGUCCAGCCAACCAAACGACCCGAAGGCCGCACAUAUGCCGACUACGAGUCAGUGAACGAAUGUAUGGAAGGUGUUUGCAAAAUGUAUGAGGAGCACCUGAAGAGGAUGAAUCCCAACAGCCCGUCGAUCACGUACGACAUCAGUCAGUUGUUUGACUUCAUCGACGAUCUGGCAGACCUGAGCUGCCUUGUCUACAGGGCAGACACUCAAACCUAUCAGCCCAACAAUAAAGACUGGAUCAAGGAGAAGAUUUAUGUUCUGCUGCGGCGCCAGGCUCAACAGGCUGCCAAGUAAAAGAGCCCUCCGAUUAUACACCUGAACUGAGUUUAUAUGGCACCAUGUUUUGAUGGUUUUAUGAGGGAGGGGUGACAUUUGGAAAUUUAGGGAUGUGAAUCCUGGUUUAUAUAAUCAUCAGACACACUGUUCAAAUUCGAGAUACGACCAGGAAAUGAAUAGCAAGUGGCUGGUCUCCAGCAAACCUAUGAAAAGCCAUUUGUUACCUUUUUUAUUUUCAGUUGAAAUCUGUGUGUUUUCAUAAUUGGUCAUGUGGUAUUUGUUUUAUCUUCUGUUGCCAGGAUAGGUUUUGCUCCUGAGGUAGUUUAUUAAGUCCUGCCAAUACAGUAGAUCAUUUUUCAGUACAUUUUUUGAUUAUGAUAUUCACCCUUAUAAACCGACCAUAAUCGACAUUUUUUGGAAGUUUUUUUUGUGUUCCAUGUGGUUUCAUCUUCUUGUAUUGCUGUUGUGUUGAUGCUCCUGAUCAUAAUAAAGGUUUGUGU